AUGCCCCCCUGGCGGCUGGACGGGCUGGUGGAGGAGCGGGUGGCCAAGUGUCGUCGGCUGCUGGAGCAGCCGAGCCCGCACCAGGGCAGCGCCGACAUGAGGUGCUACGUGGAGUACGCCGACCUGGUCCUGGCGCUGCACCGCACCGCGCUGGACGGCAGGGGCCAGCCGCGCACCGCGCUGCCCCUGGGCGACAAGCUGCAGGUCAGCACCCUGCCGCAGGACGCCGCCUGGCAGCCGCUGAGCAUCGCGCUGUUUGUGUGCGGCAGGGGACCCAUGGCCCUGUGCGAAGCCAGGCGCGGCGCCACGGCGGCGCUGGCGCGCCUGCUGCGGGGCGACCCGGCGGCCGCCGCGGCGCUGCCCGCCAGGCUGGCGGCCGCCGGCAGCGCCCACGCCGUCACCGCCUCGGUGCUGCAGCAGGCGGCGCAGUACCGGGUGGUCAAGGCGGCGCUGGAGGUGUGCGAGCGGUGCGCGUCGGGGGGGGGGCUGCCGCCGCCCGCGGUGGUGCGCGGCGCGCUCGAGGCGGCAGACGCCCUGCUGCAGCUGGCCCCCGACUGGCCGCGCUACCUGCUGCUGCGGGCAGAGGUGGCGCGGGAGUACAAGCUGUCCCGGGCCUGGGCCUCUGCCGCCUACUCUGCCAGCAUGGCAGAGGUGAAGGAGCAGCGGAGGGAGCUGCGGCUGCACGUGGCGGCCGCGCCCCGCGGCGCGCCCCGCGUGCCGAUGGCGAGCGAGGCGCGGUGGGGCGGCGCGGCGCCAAACGCCAAGGCCGCCUGCGGCACCUGCGGCCAGCACGCGGCGGAGCUGAAGAAGUGCUCCCGCUGCCGUGCGGUGGCCUACUGCUGCCGGGAGUGCCAGAUGGCACACUGGAGGCGCGGGCACAAGCGGGAGUGCGCGCCAGCGGCGGCCAAGUAA